UAGAAGUACACGUAAUUUUAGUAAAUGAUAAAUUUGUUAAGCAAACCGGAACAUUGGCAUGCAUUCAUGUCGAUGAUACAUUUGAAAUAUAGCGGUGAAGAUUAAUGUUUAAAUUUAUUUCGGUAGGAUGAUAAUAAAUGACGCAGCAUAAACAAAUGCACACUCCAGAAUUUCCUGUGCCCGACUCAGAAAUGCACAUAGUUGAAAAUAUCAGUUACUAUGAGAACAUCAACAGAAAUUGGAAUGAACCAUUUGAUCAUAUGGUCAUGGAUUAUAAUAUAAACACUGGCGUUGUUGCAACGGCAAGAGGAGUGGUGUUGGCGAUAUAUAGUGCAACAGGAUUAGCGUUCAACACAUUCAUGUUGAUGGCAAUAAAACCAAUGCACACUCCAGAAUAUAAUGUGCACGAGACAGGAAUGCUAAUAUUUGAAAACAACAGUCACUAUGAGAACAUCAACAGAAAUUGGAAUGAACCAUUUGAUCAUAUGGUUAUGGAUUAUAAUAUAAACACUGGUGUUGUUGCAACAACAAGAGGAGUGGUGUUGGCGAUAUAUUGUGCAACAGGAUUAGCGUUCAACACAUUCAUGUUGAUGGCAAUAUUACCAAAUAGACGUCUACAUACAAUGCGGAAUAUACUUCUAGUGCAUUUAGGAUGUACGGGGUUGAUUUUCACAAUAUGUAUCAAUGGUGUCACUUUUGCUGUGAAUUUUACCGGAAUGUGGAUAGGAGGUUUAAUAGUAUGUGAAGUAUAUGGAUUUAUCUUGAUGGCGUUGACGUUGGUUACAUCAUGGACAAUUACAGCAUUAAGCUGGGAUGAAUAUCAGACAAUAGCGUGCCCGCUGAAACAUCCAUUCAAAGCCAGGGCAAUAAAACUUGCUGUGUUAUUCGGUGCAGUUUGGUUAUUAGCGUGUGUUUUAUCAUUACCACCACUCUUAGGUGACAGCCGGUUCGUCUUUUAUCCGGAGACGGGGAUCUGUUUUGUGUGUAGAAAUACUUUAACGGGGAAAUUAUACAUAUUCCUAUUUUUACUUGCAGCUGUUUACGUACCACUGGGAAUAAUGGUGUUUUGUUACUUGAACAUUUAUAAAAUCGCUAAAAAUCAGAUUAGUAGAAUAGCAGCUACAAUGAUUAGAAUGACUUGUGUCCUUCAAGCUACUGCUGCACCAAGUAGCAAAUCCUUACAUCUUUCAAUGAAAGGAACCAAAGCUAUGUAUACCAUUUUGACGUUGAUUGGGUCAUUUGUUAUUGUUAAUGUGCCAAUGUCGGUGCUAUUGUCAAUUGAUGUGUUCUCCACGAAGCAUUUUCACGUGAACGAAAUAUUCUUAUCCACAAUAAUGAUGCUGUUUCUCUCAGCGCCUGUUAUUCAUUCAUGUGUUUACGGAUUACGUAAUAAAACACUUAGAAUAUCGUUGCAACGUUAUAUGAGACGUAAAAUACUGUAUUACUGUUACAAAGACAAACGUAAAAACAGUGUUAAAUACUUCCGCCGUUUUCGGUCAACGCCUUUCAUGUCAGGACACCAUAGACAAAGAAAUCAAAAUGAAGCUUUAACAGGGGCGGGCCGGAGGACUCAAUCAUUCCCAGUUUGCUUAGCAAGUGGUCGUGUGAAACGUAACUAUCGAGCAAAAAAGUCAUUGAAGGACUUGACUGUGCCAAGUGAACCUGAGUCCAUGACUCGUCCUUACUUCUGUAUACAAAAUCCUGAGCUCGAAGAGGACACUGAUCAGGAUGAUGCGCACUUACCAGACGAUGUUACUUAUAUUGAUGAAGUUUCCGGUGAAAUGUGAUGAUAUUUAUAAUAAACACUAUUUUAUUAUUAUUAUUUUAUUUAGUUUUCAUACUUUUUUGUUCAAUAUUAAUGAUAUAAACAUUGCGAGGUAAUUAUAAUCUUGUGGCUUAAAGUGUUGAAAUGUUGUUACCAUUAUUGUUCAAAUUAUUUCAAUCAAAAGUACAGAAAAUGCGCAGUCUUCAAAAUGUCAAAAAUGAAUCCUGUUAAGAAGUACUAGGCAAGGUCGAAUUUGAUCAAUGUGAUAAAUGUUGUAAUACUUUUCUCAUUAUCUGUUCCAUGUGGGGAAACACAAUUUAUAUUUAUACAUAUAUAUUAAUAUUGAAAUAUUCACUUUUGAUGUUCACGAGGUCAACUUUAUUGCUAUCUUACAUGUUUAUUAAAUAGCGUCCAA